AUGUCUAGUCCAGAUCUCUCUGCUGUCUUGCAGACACUCUCUACAUUCUCGCAGACGCAGACUCAACAACGGCCUCCCCCUGCUACCUCUGCCUCUGCCUCCACCUCUACCUCAACAUCUACCACGGUCAAACAAUCCUCUUCUUCUUCCCUAUCUCAUCAUUCUUCUUCAUCUUCAUCUUCCUCUCAAUCCAAACAUUCAAACCCGUCCCAAAUAACAACAUGGCCCGCAGCCCUCCGCCACAUCAUGCACCACCAAACCGCCCACAACCACGCGGCCCACCACUUCACCGCGCAUAUCCGCCGCCUCGUCACGACGCAGCACGCGCAGGAGCGGAAAUGGUGGGAGGAGCGUGAGGCCCUGGUGCGCAGGCAGGCUGCGAGAGGGGAGCGGAAGAGGGAGUUGGAGCGGGUUUUGCAGUCUGUGGGUGCUGGUGCUGCUGCUGCUACCACCACUACUACUACCGCCACGGAUAGUAAGUCUGAGAAUGAUCAACAGACAGAAGAAAACGCAGUAGAACUCGCCUACCACGACGCAAAAGUAUACAAAGCCGCCACCGACCUGUCACGCACAACCGCAACUGAACUGCGCAGACUCGGCGUGCCCUUUUUUGCCAUUGAUGAGAGUUUAGUAAUAGUCUCGACAGAUACAAAUAAUACUAAUACGACAGAAGAAGAAAAAGAAGGGAAGAAGAUAUCCAAGCAAGAAUUGGCAGUGCUGAAAAGACGCAUGUUGGAGCUUUUGCAGGAUUUGUGUCGGGAUUGA